UUGUAUGAUGUCUGCUCAAGGGUGUCUUCUUUAUAUUUUCUUGGCGAAUUUGUGAGAAAGAAGGUACAUCGUUGGAGCUAGUAUCAGGAAUUACUCAAGGUGAUGAGGACGAUUGAUGACAGAAUAGUACAUGAAUUAAACACUACGGUUCCAACAGCUUCCUUUGCAGGGAAAAUUGAUGCCGGCCAAACCUGUAAACAACUUUACGAGUCAUUGAUGGAGGCCCAUGCUAGUAGGGACAGAGUCAUAAAAAACUGUAUAGCUCAGACCUCAUCAGUAGUAAAACAGCUCCGAGAAGAGAGAGAAAAGAAUUUGGAUGAUUUAACGUUAUUAAAGCAACUUAGAAAAGAACAGACAAAGUUGAAAUGGAUGCAGUCAGAGCUGAAUGUUGAAGAAGUGGUAAAGGACAGGAGCUGGAAGAUUCACAUGCUCCUUAUUGCCACCUGCUGCUGCUGCUUAGUUGCUUCAGUCGUGCCCAACUCUGUGUGACCCUAUGUGUGACCCACCAGGCUCUUCUGUCCGUGGGAUUCUCCAGGUGUUUAAUGAACGCUGCCGAAUUCACUUCAAGCCUCCAAAGAAUGAAUAAAAAGAUACUUUUUUUUUUAAGAUGGACCGGGUCAUCUCAUAAAGAGUCAAGCAUGACAGACAUCAACGUGGUGGGCUUCCCAGGAAGAUUUCUGAGCCAACAGUCCAAGACCUUUUGUUGAUUUCAGCCCCACUUAGCCAAGACCUCACAUAUAAAUAAUUCUGAUAAUUAUGGAGAAAUCAACUGCUAUUUUAUACUGAUUCUGUAAAAAAAAAAAAAAGUUUUGUAACUAUUAAAAUA